AUGAUUUACAUUCCAUUCCUGUGUAUGUCUUUAAAUACGAACCCAUUGAUUCAUAACUUUGGAUCUUAAAAUUCUAUGUCUCAUUUGUAUAAAGUCUGGACUGCCGAUAGAAAAAAGAAAAUAUCACUUAUACUUCGUGAAUCAGAUAAUAUGCUGUCAGAGCUUAUUGAAAAAAGUAGCACUAAGCUUGAUAUUGCUGGUUCUGUUCUUGUUAUGGAAAAAGACGGAACAAUAGUUGAUGACAAUGAGGUUGUAAAAUUUUGUUUUGGUGAAAUUUUUAUGUUGCUACAGCCUGAAGAGUCCUGGUCUGCACAAAAUGAGACAGAACUUAACACAACAUUAUCUGACACUACUUCACUUACAUCAUCUAGUUUCAAGGAAGGAACACUUUUUUCAUACUCGUCAAGUUCGCAAUCUACUGCUUCAUCGCCCACAUUUGAAACAUGUAAUAAUAAAAUACAACUGUCUAAUAAUAUUUGGAAGAAUUAUCAAAUACCAUGGGAUAAGUUAGAAAUGUCAGUGAUUAAAGAACUGGAAAAUGGAAGUCGCAGCAAAUAUGCAAUGACUGCUGUUGUAAACCGUAUAGUUUCAGAAAUGAGAAAUAUACAAGAAUUCAUACCAGCUAAAGCAUUCAAGAUAAUAGCUGAACAAAUUGUCAGCAAAUACCCAAAAACUUUUAAAGACAUGGAUGAGGACGGCAAAUGUUUUGGAGACGGAUCUUAUACAUUAUUUGCGAAACUUCGCGACCGAAAUAAUUACUUAAAUAGACCACAUAUGAAACGAUCUCUAAGCCAUACUUUAACAAUACCCCUAAAAAAACAAAAAAAAGUUAUGUCUGCUAAAGCUGGAUGUAGUAAUUGGCAACCAGAAAAAUUCCUUGAUACAGAAACGGAAGAGACAGUAGAAGACAAAACUAAGUUUCUACGUGAAAUAGUCAAUGACGAUUCAUCAAAAAGAGAUCCUAAGAUACAACAGAAAAUUAUUUCGAAUCUUGAAGCUACAUAUCCUGCACAAAGAUUAUAUCUGAAUAACGUUCAUGAUGUACCUACUAUAAUAGAUAUUAAAAAUACAUGGCCGAUACUUUUACAAAAAAAAUACAUGUUUUGGCAUUAUGAAAAACUAAUGGGAUGUUCAAUACAUAUUCUGAAGGAGGAAAUGUUGAAAAAACAACACAAAAUAGAAAUUUACGGACAUAAAAAAUAUAAAGAUAUCACUAAUUCAAAUGAUCCGACAGAAAUGAAAGUAAUGAAAAUUAUUUUUAAACAUUUCAAAGAAGAUUUUGAAGAAUUAUUUAAAACAUAUUCGGAAGGAACUACCAUGGAACAUAUAGAAGCACCAGUUAUGACGCCAUGCAUCAUAAUUAUAG